GCCGGAGCCGCCGCCGCAGCCGCGGAGCCGCCAGCAGCGCCGGGCCGGGCCGGGAUGUGACGGGGCGGCCGCCCCGCGCCCCGCUCCGCCGCUGCCCCGGGCCCGCGGGCCCCGCGCCCCGGGAGGCUGUCGGGGGGCGGCGGCGGCGGCGGGCCCCCCCCCCGCCGCCCCCAUGUCGGAGGGGCCGCCCUACGGCGAGGGGCAGCUGGCGGGGGACGCGGCCGUGGGGCAGCUGCCCUUCCCCGUCCGCCUGCGCGGCCCCGACGGGCUCCUGGCCGGCGGGCAGGGGAAGCGGCCGCCCAAGCUGGGGCAGAUCGGCCGCAGCAAGAGAGUGGUUAUUGAAGAUGAUAGAAUUGAUGAUGUGCUGCAAAAUCUCUCAGAAAAGGCCCCUCCCGGUGUUUAAAGCCACCCCCGGGACGCUCGGCUGAAGCCCGGGGGGGGCCGGUUUACAAUGGCACAAUAACCACCACCACCCCGACACCGCAGCACGCCCGGAGAGCCAUCCUCGCCAGCCUGCAACCCCCACUGCCCAGCAGCACGUCCAGGCGACGCGUGGAGGGGAGGGCAGUGAGUGAGGCAAAGCCCAGCGACAAAUUUAAAAAAAUAAUACUACUACUAAAUAAUUUUUUUAAAAAAUGGGAAAAAUAAUCACCCGCUCCAAACCCCCCCACCCCAGCCCACCGCCGCGAGGGAUGAACGGAGGCAUCGCACCGUGGCUCCGGAUGACUCGUGAUGGCUUUUCCCGGGGGACAAACCUCGCGCCACGCGAUCGGGGGGUAAGAGGAAAGGGGGCAGCGAAAGACCGGGGGGGUCGGCCCCAGGGUCCCCCCCAGCCAGGGUUGUUCCCAGCGGGCACCUUGUUUACAUUAUUUAAUCUUGCAAAAAUGAAUCCGUGCACUUGGAUGUACCAUGCUAUCCCCUUCCUUAUGAUUUUUUUUAUGUUGAUGUCUUUGGAUGUUGGAAAAUGAUAUAAAAAAAUAUAUAUUUCAUUUUAGUCACGUUUUAAGGUUCUCGAGGGGAAAACCAAAACUUUUAUAAAGGAAGGGCCUAGAGGAAGAAUUGCUGGUUUAUUUUUUAAAGCUUGUACUUUUUGGUUGCUGUGAGCAAAGGGACAGAUUUUAUAUGUGUGGGGGGGCGGGGGGGAGCGCUCGGCUUUUCUAACUACCAUGCAGUCUGUAGUGUGGGUGAUCUUGGGUUUUUUUUUCUCCUUUCUUUCUUAUAUUGUGGCAGUUUCUUCUCUUUAAUAGACUGUAUUAAAAAUAUAUAUAUAAAAAAAAUUCUAAUGUAAUCACAAGAGUGCCAAACACUUGGAGAUGCCAGAGGGCAGCGAUUCCUUCCCCAAGUCAAGCAGCACUCGGGGCUUUCUGCUCUUUCCAGGGCUCUGUCGAUCUCUCGUGGGGUUUUCUUUGACUUCUCUUUUCUAAUCUUUCUUUUUAACUAUUUUGCAUGACGUGCAUAAAAAAAAAAGCGCCUCUUGCGUGAGGGCUUGGUUUCUUGUUUCUGUUUGCAACUCUGACUGACAGACCUCAAGGCAGGUUUUCUUUCCUCCUUUUCUUAAAUAUUGUGUAUGUUGCACUUUUAUCCACUACACAGGGCUAUUUCUGCAAUGUCCAAAUAAAAAGGAAAAUGAAACAAAA